AUGAAAUUUGUUUCUGUUUUGGCUGUUGUGGCUGUCGCGCUUUACGCAGCAGUUGUUGUGGAGGCGGAAACCGUAAGGUAAGUGUCGUGAUGGUGGCCAGAGAUAAAAAUGAUAAUCUCUUUUAGACAAUACUGUGAGAUGGGCAAGAACUAUGUUAUCCAGCACCAAGGAGAGCUCGCUGACACUGCCAAGCGUCAGCAACUUGUUGACAAAGCCAAGAGUCUUAUUCAGCAAUAUGUAAGCAUUUACGAAGCUUUGGCCAUAAGAAUGCGGGCAUAGCUAAGCGCAAGCCUCAAAUUUUCUUUUAUCAGUCUGUGGGGAAAUUAGUGAGCGCGCUGUCGCAUCGGAAAUCGCAUUGCCGUCAAGAAAAUGAGCUGUGAACAUCAAAUUGCUUUUCACUUCAGCGACACGGUCGGCACACAGACAUUGGGCUCACUAUUUUCCCGUCAGACUGAUAAUUUUUCACACAAAUUGCGCCUAGCUCACAAAUGAAUUUCUAAAAAAACUUCAUACGUACCAGUCUGAAUUGUUGUUUUUUAUCAAAAAUAUGCUUAGAAUUUACACCUGUAGUUUUCACUUUCAGUGUGGAGUUGUGAACAUUUGCGGCACCCCCUGCGCCAAUACUGCCAUCAAUUGCUUGAACCGCCAACGUGCAUCCAGCACUCUUAUUGCCGGCAUCGACAGCUGCUGCAGCCAGUGUUAA